AUGAUGAUGAUGAUAAUGAUAAAUGAUGAUGAUGAUGAUGAUGAUGAUGAUGAUGAUGAUGAUGAUGAUGAUGAUGAUGAUGAUGAUGAUGAUGAUGAUGACGAUGACGAGGAUGACGAUGAUGAAGAUGAUGAUGAUGGUGAUGACGUUGAUGAAAAUCAUGAAAUACUUAUUUUUUUUAAAAAAAAAUACACAUUCCCUGCUAGAUUUUCUUUUAAGGAUAAAAGUUUUCAGACAAAAGAAAAUGUAUCAUCAUUUAUUUUCAUCCUAAAUUACCAGUCAUUAUUGGUUUUUCAUCAUUCUAAUUUGUUUAGAAUCAAACUAAUAAAAUUUACUUUUUUUUUGCAUGGAACUAAUUCAAUAAUGCAAAUUUAUGUUAAGUUUGUUGUAAAAGAGAAAAAGAAAAUUCUUAAAUACUUUCAACUGUAUGAAAAUUUAGCAAGAUCAACAUUCAAUUAG